UGCGAAAUAUUGUAUGAUCAUAGUUAUAUAAUUUUCAUCCAUCAAACAGUAUUAAACAAUUUACAAUUAAAAUGAUCCGAACAACUUGUUUCAUCGCUCUUUUUGCUUUGGCCGCUGCUGCCAGUCUAUCCUAUGAAAAUGAAUGGGAAUCAUUCAAGGCCAAACACCACAAAGUUUAUGCUGGAGAAAGUGAAGAAGCUUGGAGAAAAUCAGUUUUCUUGAACAACUUGAAAAAAAUCAAAGCCCACAAUGAAAGAGCUGACAAUGGUGAACAUACUUACCGAUUGGGAGUCAAUAAGUUUGCUGAUUUGACCUUUGAGGAAUUCAAAGCAGCUUAUCUUGGUUUCAAAAAGAGUAAUCGCUCUGCUCCUCUUAUCCACAAUGUAAACAAAACUGUUCGAGUUCCAUCCUCAGUUGACUGGCGAACCAAAGGAAUUGUUGCCGAAGUUAAAGAUCAAGCUUCUUGCGGUUCUUGCUGGGCCUUUUCAGCCAUAGCUUCCCUUGAAUCAGCAAAUGCCCAAAAAACUGGAAAAUUAGUUGAGCUUUCCGAGGAAAAUUUGAUUGAAUGCUCUUGGAAUUACGGUAAUCAAGGAUGUAAUGGUGGUCUUAUGGACGAUGCAUUCAAUUAUAUUAAAGCUAACAAAGGUAUUGAUACCGAAAAAUCCUAUCCAUACACUUCUGGUUCAGGAGAUGACAGUGGACGAUGCAAAUACUCAGCUUCCAACAAAGGUGCUUCACUCUCAUCAUACGUUGAUAUCCCGCAAGGUAAUGAAAAUGCCCUUCUUUCAGCCGUUGCUGAACGAGUUGUUUCAGUUGCCAUUGAUGCUGAGGAAGAUUUGCAGUUAUACCAAUCUGGUGUUUUAAAAUCAACCGAAUGCUCACCUGAUGCUCUUAACCACGGUGUAACCGCUGUAGGUUAUGGUGUUGAUAAUGGUACUCCUUACUGGUUGAUCAAGAACAGUUGGGGAGCUGAUUUUGGUGAAAAGGGUUACUUCCGAUUGUACCGAGGUAGCAACAUGUGUGGUGUUGCUGAAUCAGCUUCAUAUCCAAUUGUCUAAAGGAUGACAUAAAAUUAAUUGGGAUCAACAACAUCGAUGAAAACAUUUGAAAGUUGCCAAUAAAAAUAAUCACUUACUUACAAUGUUACUUGUUAGACUCAUAAGAAUAUCAAUAAAAUCGUAAUACUUUUGAUCCACUCGAAAAA